AUCACGUGACAAGAAUCUACCCAAUCAGCAGCCAACUUUACGACCCGGAACUGAACUGAUGCCUCCUUCACCAGUCCGUGUUUAAUUCUAUAUUUCAGUGUGUCUUUCUGUCUUGGAUAGUGUGAUAAAAGCAGCAAACUUUUUCAUAGGUGCAAUUUCCCUGCCUGGUGGAAAAGAGCUCGAAUAUGUGUGCACAGCGAUACGAAGACAAAGCUGAAAAAGAGUGCAACAAGUAGUCUGGCUUGAAGUGUGCUUACAGUGAAUAUGGAUUCAGAACUGAACCGCUGUGAGGGUGGCGAUGUAACAAAGUCUGAGGGUACAGAAAGUGAUCUUACCGAGGCCUUAGGGCGUGAAAUGGAGGAAAGUGGUCCAGCAACCGUGAGUGAAAUUGAUAAGCUGUGUGAAUUAAGAAAAUGUAAGGACCAGAAUGAUGAUCUGGAGGACCAGAUACAGUCCUCUUUGCCAAACUGUGGCAUGGACUCAAAGGCCAUCGCUUGUAGAGAUGCCAGCAGUAGUAAUGAUGCAAGCGGUCUGACGAAGCCAAGCAAUGGAGAACAGGCAUUUGAAUCAAACCCACCAGAUGCCAACCUGGGCAAGCUGACUUGCUUGUCUACAGAGAGCUCAGAGACCAACCUGAUCUUAUCCGUAAAUGCAAGUGACACACCUAGCGUAGAUGUGAAGAUGAGUCCAGCAUGCGAAGCGCCUCUGCCCAGCAAUUCAGAGGAAAACGCUUCUGACUGCUCUGACUUGCCGGAGUCCCGUUCAGAAGUUGGCCCAGUAGAGGAGCCCAAACCCCCAAUCCCCAGUCUAGAAGCUGUAGAGAAUGUCACAAAUGAAUCUGAAGUGACACCCAUGGAAACGGAUGAUACAGAGGGGCAAAGCUCUGGUGCUGGUGCUUUUGUUCCUGAAAAUGUUGAUAAGCUUGAGCCUGAAAGUAACCAGGCACCGACGUCGUCUUCAGAAAGUCAGCAAGUGUCAGUAGAGCAGAAAGAGUCGAAACGGCGCGGGACCCCAGUAGAGGAGCUUAGAAGAAUGCCUCAGUGUGGACAGACCCUGCCACACCUCAGGGCAACACACUAUCACAAAAUACUCAUCAGGACAGACCUGCUUAAAGAAGGGCACGUCCCCUUUCCAUAUCCAGGCAAAUACCAUGAUUUCUGGGAUGAUGUGACUGUAAAGAUGCCUUGUUCAGAACAUAACCUGUUUCCUGUGGAGAAUGAGGAUGGAAGUGUAGUGCAAAGUCGAUGGAAGUUGAUUCGCUCUGCUUUGGGAAGAGAAUUUAAACGUUCGCAUGACAUUAGGGAUGCAAUAUUGAGUUACAACACAGUGCAUGCUAAAAGAUGGGACUUCACAGCUUUGAACCUUCUUUGCGAAAAGGGUAUGGAAAGUUAUGAAGUAGAGCAUCUCUUAAACGUUACAUUGCCAAAGAUGGUGAAACUGGUUUUGGAUACGCCCAAGAUUUGCACCCAGCCAAUCCCGCUGCUUAAGACGAGGAUGAAUCAGUCCUUGACCAUGUCACAAGAACAAAUUGCCUGCCUUCUUGCCAAUGCCUUCUUCUGUACAUUUCCCAGACGCAACUCGCGCAAGUCAGAGUAUGGCAACUACCCCGAGAUCAAUUUCUACAGACUGUUUGAAAGUGAUUCAUCACGAAAGAUUGAGAAACUCAAAACUUUGCUCUGCUAUUUCAGAAGAGUCACUGAAUCAAUGCCCACUGGCCUUGUCACAUUCACAAGACAGUGCUUGAGCUCUAUUCCAAAAUGGGAAAGCUCAAAGACACAGCUCACCCGUCUUCAUAUCACCUGUAAGGGCACCAUAGAGAACGAGGGCUAUGGGAUGCUUCAGGUGGACUUUGCAAACAGGAUGGUGGGUGGAGGGGUGACAGGUAUGGGGUUGGUCCAGGAGGAGAUACGCUUCCUCAUCAACCCUGAGCUCAUCGUAUCACGCCUCUUCACGGAAGCCCUGGACCACGACGAGUGCCUCAUCAUCACAGGCACAGAGCAAUACAGCAAGUACUCUGGCUAUGCAGAGAGCUUCAAAUGGAAAGACAAUCACAAAGACGAGAUACCCAGAGACGAGUGGCAGCGGAGGUGCACAGAGAUUGUGGCCAUGGAUGCACUGAAAUACAGGAAUUUCAUGGAACAGUUUCAGCCUGAGAAAAUGACCCGGGAGCUAAACAAGGCAUUCUGCAGUUUCAUGCGGCAUGGUACAAGCCCUCAGAACCUCUCGGCUGUUGCCACAGGGAACUGGGGAUGCGGUGCGUUUGGAGGCGACACUCAUCUCAAAGCUCUGCUGCAGUUGAUGGCAGCUUCUGAAGCAGGAAGAGAUGUGGCCUACUUCACAUUUGGAGAUGAAAGACUCAUGAGGGACGUGCACGACUUGUACACCUUUCUUAAAGACAAUUGCGUCACUGUCGGCGAUCUGUACUUCCACUUAAAGCAGUACUACAAUGUAGUGUCUAAGCAUGGCCAGUGGCCUAACAUCAAUCUCUAUGGGUACAUCAUGGAUAAGGUCAGUACAAAUAUGGAAGUGGAGCCCAACCCUGGCCCCAGCGACAGCAACUUGACCACUGCACCUUCCCCCUCUCCUGCAGACUGCCAUUAAUGCUGGCCAACGGCUAACUGAACCUGUCUAAAUGCCUCAGUGCUUUCUUCUCCUUUAGACAAGACUUUUUGGGUGAUUGUCUGAGACAUAGGGAAGCACAUUAUGCCUUUCUUUUCUACCAGUAAGUAUAAGGUUGAAGUCACUAUGAAUAAGGCGACAGGAAGUAUAGCAAUAGUCACUCUGACUGUAAAUCCUUAUUUCUGAUGAACAUCAUCUAGGUUUGAUCUCGGGGAUGUUUUUCCUAGAAUGCCACACAAACUUACCUGGGAUCAAAUUUACUGCAUGAUCUUGUGGAAUUAAAUGAUCCAUUUGAGUUGGGUGACCAAGGUGUAGUCUUUUUAAAUGUUUUUGUUCAUAUCCAGAAACUAACAGUGAUUCAGAAUAAAGUGUUUAGAGAUCAUUAACAAAGUAUGCAUGAAAACCACAGUAAGGUCCCCCGUGACACUUGAUUGCAAGAUGUAUUGCACAAGCCGUAAAGGGAAAAGUUUUGCUGAAAAAUGAAAAGAUUUGAUAAUGAAAGACGUGAAAAGGAAAAAGUAUCUGUUGAAAAACAACUUGUAUAAUCACACUGAUGGAACUGCUGCAAAUUCAAAUUGUGUAAAAAUAUAUAGUCUCUGCAUGACAUUUUUAGCAAUUUAUUACAGUCAAGGUUUUUACUGUUUCGAUUAUUGUUUUGAUCAAAGGCACCUUUAAGAAAUGGGGUUGAUAUUUAAGGGUAGUGAAUAUUUUCAUAUGUUUUGCUCUUUAUUUUAUUAUGAUUUGAUAAUUAAAAUUGUUGAUUCAGAAAA